AUGUCACCACGUCUUAUAAUAUCAAACUAUGUUAUUGAGCGGUUAUCCAAAAUCGAUACAAAUGAAAUCACCGGCUGUCUAUAUGGGCUUAUGUACGAUAGCACUUUGCUCGUCGUGGGGAUGAGCUUAGAAUUUUUCGAAAAUGAAAAAAAACCAUAUAGACAACUACUUCUUCACUUGCCUGCCGAAAUAGAAAUAUGUGGAGUUAUUAAAUUCAGUGAGACUCUAACGAUAGAAUCGAAACCUAAAGAAAUAUUGCAGGAUGUUGAUAUAACAGACAAUCCACUCUUUAUAAUAAUUAAUAAGAAAAGAGAAAUAAAAGCACACUUUUUAGUGCAUGAUAAAUUUGAAGAAACCCCUUAUGAAAUUCUUCAGUCAGAUGAAUUAUGGAAGCAGUUCAUUCAUGUGCGCCUUAAUACUAUUUUACCUUUAACUUGUGAAGCUACUAUACCUGGUGUAAAAAAUCUACUACAAAACAAAAGAAAAAAGAUAGCUUCUGGACAGGUAUCAUUUAACAUAGAUGGAACAUCAGUGUAUUUAUUUGGAGUAGCGUCUGAUGUUGGUGUUACUGGUACAAGUAUAGAUGCUAAUGUUGAAGAAUUAAUUGACUCUAUUGGUCCAGAACAAACUAAGAAAAAGAAGUUUAGUGCAAAUAAAGUUGAAAUAGUACCUGUUAAUUUAGUUUUAAAAGCCACAAAAGACAUGCUAUCAGAUAAGCUUGUUAAAACAGCAGUUAAAAUGAUGACAACACAAAGAAAACCUGCAUUUUGUAUCAGCAUGCCACUAAGAGUGGAUACAUUAGCAUUUAUUCACAGAAACACAAAACUUUCCGAGCUGUACACAGUGCUGGUGGAAGCGGCUUGUCGCUCUCUGAAAUUAUUGGAAACUGUAUUAUUGGAACAAUUGGGUCAAGAGGGUAUUGGUGACGGAGCUGGCCUUCGACUGCCGGAAACUUACCAUUAUCUACCACCAGGCCUUGGUCAUUUCAUCACAAGAGUUGUACCUAAAGGGAUCCCUGACGAAAGCAUGGAGAAAGAAAGGAGAUUGCUGCACAAACAGUUGUCUUUACCAUUAGAUAGGCCAAUGUUCCGGAGAGGUAAUGCAUUUUUAAGUGGCCUAGCCAAGUUGGUGAAUCCUCACGAGGCCCUCCCCCCACAGCCUGCCAAGCCAGACACAAUAACAGCCGUUGUGUUUGGCCGCUACACCUACCACCACUACAUGCAGGAUAACUUCAAUGAUGACGGCUGGGGAUGUGCCUACCGCUCUAUGCAGACUAUAUUUUCUUGGUUUAGGCUCCAAGGCUACAGCACAGAGGAAAUACCAACACACAGAGACAUACAACAGUGCCUUGUCAAAAUUGGGGAUAAGCAGCCUUCAUUCCUCGGCUCAAAACAAUGGAUUGGGUCCACAGAAGUCAUGUUUUGCCUAGAAACUCUAUUAGGAGUACAGUCAAGGAUUAUCUUCGCUAAUACAGGCUCAGAAUUAAGUAGCUAUGCUCCGGAACUUGUGUAUCAUUUCCAGAAGCAUGGAAGUCCUAUCAUGAUAGGUGGUGGAGUAUUAGCACAUACAAUUUUAGGUGUGGAAUAUAACUUUGUGACAAACGACACCAGAUAUCUAAUACUGGACCCGCACUACACCGGGCCCGAUGAUAUAAACACCAUUAUCUCUAAAGGAUGGUGCGGAUGGAAGAAUUCUGACUUCUGGAACAAAACAGCGCAUUACAAUCUGUGCCUGCCUCAAACUAAACCCGCUAUU